UUUAUCGUGCAUCAUUGCUCCAUUUUGUACGAAAUCGUCCAUGCGUCAGUAUCGCUUCUGUGAAUUAUCGCAUAAUGAAAACGAUCUGUACAAAAGAAACUAUUUGGAAGAAAUAUAAAAAAUGGCGUGGAAAUGUGUAGCAGUGUUCAUAUUUUUGUGUGGUUGUGUUUGCGGCCAGUUGUGCCCUAGGCAAUGUGAUUGUGAUGUGUCGAACGGGCUUAAUCGAGCCACUUGUGAGAGGCAGAACAUAAUCAGCAUGGAGGUGGGAGUGCCCAGUGGAGUGCAGGUCUAUAGCCUGAGCCAUAAUGUGAUAAGCGGAUUGGAGAACUAUUGCUUCAAGGAAGCAGGUAUCACUUCAAUAGAAGUGCUUAACUUAUCAUACAAUCAACUGUCUUGGAUUGGCAUCCACGCGUUCGCAGGCCUGGAUAAGCUGGUACACCUGGAUUUGAGCAGCAACCGUCUGAGGGCGGUGGUGAUGGACCUCUUCUUCGAAACUCCAAUGCUGGAAAUGCUGGAUUUAUCGGGAAACGUUUUUGAGGAGCUCAAAAAUCAACCUUUAAUCGACCAUACAAAGUUGAGGGUGUUAAACCUCAACAACUGCCGGAUAAAGUCGCUACCAGACAGAAUAUUCACCCGUUUACCAAACUUACGUAAAUUAGAUUUGAGCGAAAACUACCUAAUAUCUUUGAACACGGAAGUCCUGAAACCGCUUCGAAAACUAGAGAGGUUAGAAUUACAGAACGACUACUGGACCUGCGAUUCUAAUUUCAUGGCAGUAGAAGCUUGGAUAACUUCACAUCGCAUCAGCUACACGAAGAAGUGCGUCAGAAGAUCUCCUAAAAUGUUUGAGAAAAUUAUAUCGGCAGCGCCCGUCGAGCGAACAGAUGUCGACGUUAAAGACGUUUGGAACAUGACUUCUGAGAAACAUGAAACCCUUCCUAUUUUAAAACCUACAAAGCGAUUGACUUGGUACGAGAAACUUGACAAAGAGUUUUCGUCGUCGCAAGCGUUUAUUAUAGGACUGGAAUUAGGGUUGGCGAUCGGUAUAGUGGUCACGUAUAUUUGGUUACGCUCGCUGUGCGGGUGUCGGCGAGUGAAUUUCACGCGACCUCAAACUAGAAGGCAGAGGCGGCGGGCGCAGAGGGUGGACGGUGAUAUGAGGACGAAUUUACUAUGGGGCAGCGGAAUGAAUCCGGACUUGGAGACCCCUCCGUCGUACAGAAGGCAGUUGUCGCUGCCGGAGCGCAGUCCGCCGCGGCCGUACGGCGUGCCGGGCCGGCGGGAGGCGGCGCCGCGGCCGUACGGCGUGCCGGGCCGGCGGGAGGCGGCGCCGCGGCCGUACGGCGUGCCGGGCCGGCGGGAGGCGGCGCCGCGGCCGUACGGCGUGCCGGGCCGGCGGGAGGCGGCGCUGCACGCGGACGCCGUCCGGGUGCCGCGCGGCGACACUCCGCCGCCUCCGUAUCAUGAGUGUAGACUCAACAUAUAAGUGCUCUUGGGAUAAAGACUCAAUUUUGUGAAAACAUGAAGCAUCUUUUGUUGUGAUAUUGUGUACGCUUGUUACAUACGUACUGAUUUCGAUAAGUCUUUUGUAAAAUAAUGUAUCGUACAUAUACAUGUAGUAGCGCUUGUUAAACCUUUUUCUGCGUAAUGUAUACUCAAAGAGUAAAUAAAAGGCAAUGUGUUUUA